GGGGCGGUUACCAAGUAAUUUGACAAGUAAAAAAAAAAAAAAGAGAAACCUUUUAAGGAAGUCGGAGACUUUUUCGGUCAUGGUUACAAUAGGGCCGUGAGUCCUGGGUCAAGAGAAGAGUUUUUUUUAGAUUCGGAAAGAUAUAAAAUGUGGGUUUUUAUUAAAAAAAAAAAGUAUACUUGUUUCUUUUUUUACUACUACACACACAGAGAGAGAGAAUGAACCGAGGAUCACUUGUACUAGAUAUUGAUGAGGCUGAAUACCUCUUGGAUCAAUUAGGAGCUCCAGAUAAAGAUGAAGAUAAAUUAGUCACCAAACUAAGAUAUAGGUUAAGUCUAUUUUUGAAGGAGAUUCGUGAUGGAGCAGAAGGCUCCGGAAAGAGAGAUUAAUUUUUUUUUUUUUUUUUUUUUU